GACUGCGCGGCGCUGAACGCCUCCUGGUCCGGGCUCGUGGGCGGGCUGCUGUGGAGGUUCCAGGAGAAGAACCCCGCCCUGGUGACCAAGGACCCCCCUGGCACCCUCCGCGAGGCGAAGUUCCGCGCGGAGGACGCCGCGGCCAGGCUGCGAGCGCUCUUCUUCCACAUUCGUCGGGAAUGGCAUCGAGAUAGCACGCGUGAGUUCAUGUGCCAUUUCCCGAAGCCAGUCGAGGCCCUUGGGAUGGGACCGCUGAGGCGAGCAUGUUCGUCGGCUGCCGCGUCGUCGGAGUCAUCCAGCGUCGCCACGCCGCGGGCUGCUUCGCCCGACGCGAGCCACAGCUCGCCAGCUGCUCCAGCACAGCCGCAGCCGCGCACCCCGCAGCAGCACGCCCCGCAGCCGCGCACCCCGCAGCAGCACAACCCCAGGGCGGCCGUCAUGUUGCCCGACUUGGACGAGUCCCCUCCGAAGCUGGAUGAGGACGAAUGGCGGUACGGCACGCAGGAGUGGGUGCCCUCCCCGAUUGACAAAGAUGAGAUCUCAUUGCUCAAGCGGGAGGAGCCCGUGCCAGCGGAGGAGAGCCUGCGCGAGGAUGGCGAGGAGUACGAAGCUGGCCACUGCAUCUUCUGCAGGAACAACGCAGCCUUCCGCCAGUUGUAUAUCAACAGCGUGCCGCGCGGGCCCGAGGAGGAAGCAAUCAGGCUCGUGGCCCCGCCGAGCGUGGGCGAUCUCUACACGGCAGAGUUCUUGGACGGCUCUUCGUUCCAG